AUGGACGAGCUAUUCGACGUCUUUGAGGCGGCUCCGGCGUCGGGAGCUACGCCUAGCCAACCUGCGAAGCCUCGCCCGAAGAAAGAUAAGAGCAAGAAGCGACAAGCAAACGGCGAUGUCAAGGAAGAUGCGGUCAUAACAGAUGUGAAUGGGGCCGACCAGAUCUCGGCGCAAAGCGAAACCGAGCCUGUCCUCGAGGUGCAGACUGAACAGCCCGAGCCGAAACGGCCCCGAAUCGAGCCAGAGCCCAUUGUCGCGGAUACCUUUGAAACAGAGCAGUCCCGUGAAAUUGCAGCUUCAGCGGGAUUGCAAACCACUCAAGAAGGCACUGCCGUGGUUCUUUCACAUCAAGUUCGACAUCAGGUUGCGCUGCCGCCGAACUACCCUUACGUUCCUAUCUCUGCACACAAACCGCCUGAAAAACCAGCCAGGACGUGGCCAUUCACGCUAGAUCCCUUCCAGCAAGUUUCCAUUGCCUCGAUUGAACGAGAUGAAAGUGUCCUUGUCUCUGCUCAUACUAGUGCCGGCAAAACUGUGGUCGCCGAAUACGCUAUUGCCCAUUGCUUAAAGAACAACCAAAGGGUCAUCUACACAAGUCCCAUAAAAGCGUUAAGUAACCAAAAAUAUCGAGAAUUUGCAGCCGAAUUUGGUGACGUCGGAUUGAUGACGGGCGAUGUGACAAUCAAUCCCACGGCUACGUGUCUUGUCAUGACCACAGAGAUUCUGCGAUCCAUGUUAUACCGUGGCUCCGAAAUAAUGCGUGAAGUCGCUUGGGUGGUUUUCGAUGAAAUUCACUACAUGCGAGACAAAACACGGGGUGUUGUCUGGGAGGAAACUAUUAUCCUUCUUCCUGACAAAGUCCGCUACGUCUUCCUUUCCGCGACGAUUCCUAACGCCAUGCAGUUCGCGGAAUGGAUUACGAAAACCCAUGGCCAGCCGUGUCACGUAGUAUACACUGAUUUUCGACCCACUCCCCUUCAACAUUACCUUUUCCCCGCGGGUGGUGAAGGCAUUCGCCUCGUGGUUGACGAAAAAGGGGGCUUUAGGGAGGAGAAUUUCCAAAAAGCCAUGGGUGAAAUCGCCGAUAAAAAAGGCGACGACCCCGCAGACACCAAUGCUCGUGGGAAGGGAAAAGGAAAGAAUAAGAAGACGAAUAAAGGAGGCGAGAAGGGACCAUCUGAUGUUUUCAAGAUUGUGAGAAUGAUCAUGAUGAAGAGUUAUAACCCAGUUAUCGUAUUCAGCUUCAGCAAACGAGAAUGCGAGGCACACGCCUUAACCUUGAAAAACCUAACUUUCAAUGACGACUCCGAGAAGGACAUGGUUUCAAAGGUUUUUAAUAGCGCUAUUGAAAUGCUUUCCGACGAAGACAAAAAAUUGCCGCAGAUCGUGAAUCUCCUUCCACUUCUCCGACGUGGAAUCGGUGUGCAUCACUCCGGCCUGCUGCCCAUUCUUAAAGAAACCAUCGAAAUUUUGUUUCAAGAAAACUUGAUCAAAGUUUUGUUCGCUACGGAAACGUUCUCUAUCGGAUUGAACAUGCCAGCCAAGACGGUGGUUUUCACGAACGUCAGGAAAUUCGACGGCACAAGUCAACGAUGGCUAACACCGUCGGAAUUCGUGCAAAUGUCUGGCCGUGCCGGCCGUAGAGGCCUUGAUGACCGGGGAAUCGUCAUCAUGAUGGUCAACGAAGAGAUGGACCCUACUGUUGUGAAGGAAAUCGUCCGUGGUGAACAAGACAAGCUCAACUCGGCAUUCUACCUGGGUUAUAACAUGAUUCUCAAUUUGCUUAGAGUGGAAGGGGUGUCUCCGGAGUUCAUGUUGGAGCGGUGCUUCGCCCAAUUCCAGAGUGCAUCGAGUGUUGGGACAUUAGAAAAAGAGCUUGAGGAACUGGAAUCCCAGCGAAAGAACAUCAUUAUUCCUGAUGAAGGGACGAUUCGAGAAUACUAUGAUUCACGACAACUGUUGGCUACGUACAACGAAGAAAUGCGCUUAACGAUAUGUAAACCAGACUAUUGUCAGCGCUUCCUCGACUCAGGACGCCUUGUUAACGUUCAGCACGAAAAGCAUGAUUUCGGCUGGGGUCUGGUUGUCAACUUUCAACAGCGCAAGGCUCCUCGCAGUAUGCAGGAGGAGUAUCCUCCCCAUGAGAGCAUUAUAGUGGACGUUCUUUUAAAUGUUGCCGAGAACGCCCAUUUCUCCUAUAAGUCCGACCAAAUGUUGCCCCCUGGUGUCCGUCCUGCCAAGAAGGGGGAAAAUUCCACGAUGGCUGUGGUUCCUAUGGUGCUUAGUUGCAUCAAGGCGUUUUCCACGAUGCGAAUCACGCUUCCAAAAGAAUUAAAAUCUGAUGACUCUAAGAAAUAUACGGCAAAGGUACUCGCUGAAGUACAGCGGCGAUUUCCAGACGGCAUUCCGGUUCUUGAUCCCAUUAAUGAGAUGGGGAUCAAGGAGGAAGGAUUCAAGCGAACUUUGAGGAAAGUCGAAGUUGUUGAGGCACGUUUAUUAGCAAAUCCUCUUCAUAACUCACCCCGACUACCGGAAUUAUACGAUCAGUAUGCAACGAAAGUGGAAUUGGGCAAUAAAAUUAAAGAUACGAAACGGCAAAUUUCUGUUGCCAUGUCUAUCAUUCAGCUUGAUGAGCUGAAGUGUCGGAAACGUGUGCUGCGUCGCUUCCAGUUCAUCAACGAAUCAGAGGUUGUGCAGCUAAAAGCGCGAGUGGCUUGCGAGAUUAGCAGCGGUGACGAGCUCAUGUUGAGUGAGCUAUUAUUCAAUGGUUUCUUCAACACUCUCACGCCUGAGCAGUGCGCGGCGGUACUGAGCGUUUUUGUUUUCGAGGAAAAAUCAAAGGAGACUCCGCCGAUAACGAACGAGGAGCUGGCGAAACCACUCCGCGACAUUCAGGCUCAGGCAAGGAUUAUUGCAAAAGUCGGGCAGGAAUCGAAACUUGCGAUUAACGAACAGGAGUAUGUGGAGAGUUUCCGAUGGGAAUUGAUGGAAGUUAUCUACCAAUGGGCCAAGGGAGGGUCGUUUGCAGAAAUAUGCAAAAUGACGGAUGUCUACGAGGGAAGUUUAAUUCGAACGUUCCGACGCCUGGAAGAGUGCAUGAGACAGAUGGCACAAGCUGCAAAAGUGAUGGGGAGUAGCGACCUGGAGUCGAAAUUCGAGGCGUCGUUGUCGAUGGUGAAACGAGACAUUGUCGCCGCCCAAUCACUCUAUCUCUAA